UCGCCGUCCAAGAUGGCGGCAUAUACGUUCCUGCAGUUGAGUUGUCUUCUGCUAUCGUAUCAACUAUGUGCAGGAAACACGCUGCAGGAACUUUUCUAUAAUCAGAUUCAGAAUGUGUUGAACGAAGCCCCCCCGUCAGCUUACGAUGAGCCAGUGCUGCCACCACACCCCCAGGAGGUGGAAGGGUGGGGAGAGAGUCUGUUGGGCAAGAUCGGACAAGUUAGCGGAGUGACAGUCAACCAUGUGGGCCAGCCUGUCAUCUUCCAUAGAGGUCCGCGAGUGUGGGAUGCUACUUCAUUCAAUGUAACCAAAGACUUCCAGCACCGUGAGCAAGGCCCAAUCCGAGAAGAUACUGUUCUGGUUUUGGAUCCUCACUCUGGCAAGGUUCUCAGCAGUUGGGGACGAGAUUUCUUCUACAUGCCUCAUGGAAUUCACGUAGACUGGGAGGGAAACACUUGGCUUACCGACACUGCUCUUCACCAAGUCUUUAAGUUCUCGCCUGGGGCGCGGCGACCUGGUCUUACCUUUGGUCAGAGGUUCAAGCACGGUGACGGACUCCGUGAACUUUGUCAGCCGACUUCUGUAGCCGUUGCGUCCACUGGGGAGAUCUUCGUAGCAGAUGGAUAUUGUAACUCUCGCAUUCUCAAGUUCGAUGGGAUGGGAAAUCUCAUCCGAGUCUUCCCUCAGAAGCAAGAGUUUCUGUCUCUGGAAGUUCCCCACAGCUUGGCCCUGCUGGAACACCGCGACCUUCUCUGUAUCGGAGACAGAGAGAACAUGAGGGUAGCUUGUAUUGGAGCCAAGUUGAGAGAUAGAUCUCCUGGACCUGGUCUUACCUUCACUAUACAACAACCUGACUUGGGCAGAGUCUUUGGUAUUGCUUCUCAUGGAGAUUUGGUGUAUGCAGUUAAUGGCAAAACAUCCCCUACCAUUCCCACCCAAGGGUUUACACUCGAUCCUUUGGCUGAGACUAUGCUGGACCAUUGGGGACCAACCUCCACGGCUUUCAACAACCCUCACGCAAUCGCUAUUUCUCAAGAUGGACAUUCUCUCUAUGUCGUCGAGAUUGGACCAAACCGAGUCUGGAAGUUUGAGCUUAAACCCAACUACGAGCCUAACAAUGAUAAAAAUACUUUCUAACCUUGUAGAAAUAACAUGCCAUCAUAUUGUAUACAUAGUUAAAGUACCUGUAUCACUUAUGAUUAGGAAGACCUUAUAUAGAAUAUUUUGUGGUCUUAAAGAAAUAUUACUUUUAUUUUUUGUUAUUGAAAUAUAUAGCCUACAUUAUCA